AUGGGUAUUCCAUCCUCAUUGCCCACAAACCCUAACCCCAGCCCCAGUCCACCGCUCCCUCAGUCCCCACCACCACAAACGCUGCCAUUACCUCCAUCGCCACCACCUCAGUCACCACCACUACCCCCAAGCCAAAUUCCACCUCUCAUUCCGCCAACUCCCUUCUCACCGCAAACCGAACCACAAAAUGAAACACCAAUUUUCGACACUCAUUCCCCAGAACCAACACCUGAGGAUGAGCCUACUCAAACAAAAACCAAGGGUAAAACUAAAAAAGCUGUAAGUAGAUCCAAGAAAACCCCUGUCAGAAAACGGAAACGAGUACCCUCUAUUCCUUUCGACCUAAAUUCUCCACCUCAACCUUCCUCUAAACCAGUCAGCAAAAGGACUAGGUCUUCCUCACAAACUCCAGCACCAGUGGUCCAAACUCCAGUACCUCAGUCUCCCUUACACUCUCCAGCACCUGCGUCAUCUGCCGAUAAUAUGGAGGAGGCCUAUGUUGAAAAAGUGCUUAAGCAUUUCAACAUGAAUAAUGCUAAGCCUGUGAUUGUUCCAUUUGCUGCCCAUUUUAAGUUAUCUACAGACAUGUCACCAAAAAUAGAUGAGGAGAUAAAGCACAUGUCCAGUGUUCCCUAUUCGAGUGCUGUUGGUAGCAUCAUGUAUGCUAUGGGUACUACAGAUAUUGGUUUGACAUUUGACAGGGCCAAGAUGAGUGAUUCAAUUGUUAGCUAUGUGGAUUCAGAUUUUACAAAGGACUUAGAUAAGAGGAGAUCUUUGACAGAGGCAGUAAAGGAAGUUUUAUGGUUACAAGGUUUGGUGGAUGAUCUUGGGUUGAUACAGAACAAGGCAAUAGUAUUUUGUGAUAGCCAGAGUGCAAUACAUCUCAUAAAAAAUCAGAUGUACUAUGAGCGAACUAAGCACAUUGAUGUCAGAAAACUUCGUAGUUGUGCAGAAAGUCUCUACAUAUAA